UAGAUUUGGUGCUGGCCCAGAAUGGAAAAGAUAGUGGAAGAGAUAAUGGGUAAAUUUGAGGCCCAGCCCACAAUAGGAAUUAAGUUAUGGAUAACAUUAGCAUGAGCGAUGAGGAUUGAGGCGUUUCUCCCUCGUACAAAUUUUCACCAUUGAAGCCCGCCUUCCAAUCAUGCCACGACACAGAAAACUGCAAAGUUUCCCAUAUUAGUACUAGUUAAUCAGAGUUGAUAUUCACUGCCAUUCUCUAUCCAUGGCGAUUCUCUUCCAUUCAUCCUCUCCAAUCACGAAUUCGCCGCUAGAACGUGCAGGCUUCCGCGCGCAGGCGCAGGUACCUAAAUUUCAGCCUCUCUCCUCUAACAAUGGUUUUUCCAAAGCUAUAUCUUCAGCUCAGACAGCCAUACCUCCGAAGGACGGCGUUUUCACGCUGCCGAAUUGGAGAUCUGGCCGAACCGACGCGAGAACUAGAGAACUUAGGGUAAACGAUGCUUUCCUAUAUUUGGAAUACAUGGUGGAGAAGGGGCACAAGCCUGAUGUGUCUAACGCCACUCAGCUGUUGUAUGAUCUCUGCAAAACCAAUAAAGUGAGGAAAGCUACCAAAGUUAUGGAGAUGAUGGUGAAAUCGGGCAGCAUUCCAGACGCCUCUGCGUAUACUUUUCUGGUGAAUCAUUUGUGUAGAAGGGGGAAUGUAGGGCACGCAAUGCAGCUAGUUGAAACAAUGGAGGAGUACGGAUACCCCACCAAUACGGUGACGUAUAAUUCAUUGGUGAGAGGGCUUUGUAUGUGUGGGAAUUUGAAUAAGAGCCUGCAGUUUGUGGAGAGAUUGAUGCACAAGGGGCUGGUGCCGAAUGCUUUCACGUAUUCGAUCUUGCUUGAGGCCGCGUACAAGGAGAGAGGCGUGGACGAGGCGACAGGGCUGUUGGAUGACAUAAUUUCCAAGGGUGGGAACCCUAAUUUGGUGAGCUACAACGUGUUGUUGACUGGUCUGUGCAAGGAAGAUAGAGUUGAGGAGGCGAUGAAGCUGUUUAGGGAUUUGCCUUCUAAGGGGUUUAACCCUAAUGUUGUGAGCUACAACAUUUUAUUGAGGAGCUUGUGCAACCAGGGGCGGUGGGAGGAUGCGAAUGAGCUUCUUGCUGAGAUGGUUGGUGAUGAGCGCGCCCCAUCCAUAGUCACGUACAAUAUUCUGAUUGGCUCGCUUGCUCUCCAUGGCCGGACUGAUCAGGCGCUUGAGGUUUUGGAUGAUCUGUUCCGGGAUGGUAGCUUCAGACCUAAUGCUGCGAGCUACAAUCCUAUUCUCGAACGCCUGUGUAAGCAGAGGAACGUGGAUGGUGUGGUUAAGUGUCUGGAUGAGAUGGUUUUCAGGAACUGCAGCCCCAACGAGGGCACAUACAACGCGGUUGCUGUGCUCUGCUACGAGGGGAUGGUGAAGGAGGCCUUCUCCAUCCUCCAGAGUUUGAGGAACAAGCAAGACUCGUCAAUCCAUGACUUCUACAGGAAUGUGGUCUCGGGUCUGUGCAGGAAGGGAAACACGUAUCCAGCGUUUCAGCUGUUGUAUGAGAUGACGUCGUGUGGGUUUGCUCCCGACUCGUACACGUAUUCAUCACUGAUAAGAGGGCUGUGUUUGGAGAGGAUGCUGGGUGCUGCCAUUGCUGUAUUGAGGGUGAUGGAAGAGAAUGGGUAUGAGCCGAGCGUGGACAAUUACAACGCGCUGGUGCUGGGGCUGUGCAAAUGCCAGAGAACGGACUUAUCUCUGGAGGUGUUCGAGAUGAUGAUCGACAAGGGGCAGAUGCCUAAUGAGACCACAUACACCAUCAUCGUUGAAGGGAUCAUUUAUGAACAACACAGGGAUUUGGCAGCUGCGCUCUUGAAGGAGUUGCAUAUCAGGCAAGUCAUGAGCCGUAACACUCUCAAAAGACUCGCUAUGCAAUACGAUCUCGAUGGCCUUUCAACACAUUGAUUUGCUACAUUACUCACUCGAAUAGGGAUAAGAGUUUUAAGUUUUUUCUGGGAUCUGAUUUCAUGUAAUAUACAUUUCUAGAAAAUGGAAAUAUUUGGUUAAAUUA